AGCAGGAUAAGUCGCUGCGUUGCAAUGCUCCAAGCUUCCGUGCAUAUUUUCGCAUUACUAACACCAAAGCUUUGACGUCACCUCAUCAUCCCACACAAUCUUCCCAUCUUCAUACCAGCCAAGUUGAGUUUGGAAAACACCGCAAACAACUCGUGUACCUGAAAAUCACCUCGCUUAUAUACCCCCGAAACCUCUGGAUAUCAUGCCACAUACGAAAGUCGACCCCGCUAUCAUUGAGGCCCUGGGGCUGGACCCCGCCAACUCGGCUAUCAACUCUCAUGGUGGAUCGGGCUUUGCUUCUACGUUCAAGAUAACGUCUGAGAAAGACGGAAAGCCUUUGAAUUACUUUGUCAAGACUGGUACAGGGAAGGAAGCCGAGGUUAUGUUCAGGGGUGAACAUGCCUCCCUUAACGCCAUAGCAGACUCAGUCCCAAACUUCUGUCCCAGAUCUCACGCCCAUGGAGCUCUAGCAGGUCGUUCAGGCCAAUAUUUCCUCGCCACUGACUUUCUCGAUCUGGGGUCCUCAGCACCUGGAGGUUCAGGGAAGACUCUAGCUUCAAAGGUUGCGCAGCUACACACAACGCCUGCUCCCAUCCCAGAAGGCUAUGACAAGCCAAUGUUUGGGUUCCCAGUCCCUACAUGCUGCGGUGCUACAGAGCAAGAUAACUCAUGGCGGGAAUCGUGGGCUGACUUUUACGCUAACAACCGUCUGAGACAUAUCGCGCGUCAGGCAGUUCGCAACAAUGGUUCUGAUCCUGAACUCGAAGAAGUUGCUGAGAAAGUUGCGAGUAAAGUUGUGCCACGGCUGAUUGGGGAUGAUGUAGUAAAGAACAUCAAACCUGUCGUUAUCCAUGGCGAUCUAUGGAGCGGGAACCAUUCCAAGGGGCAGAUUGGAGGUCAAGGCGGAUGUGAAGAAGUUGUCUACGAUCCCUCAGCUGUAUAUGGCCACUCCGAGUUUGAACUUGGCAUCAUGAACAUGUUUGGCGGCUUCACCAACCACUUCUGGAAAGAGUACCAUGAGCUGGUACCAAAGGCAGAGCCCGUAGCUGAGUGGCCAGACAGAGUGAAGCUAUACGAACUAUACCAUCACCUUAACCACUAUGCCAUGUUCGGCGGUGGCUACCGAGGAGGCGCCAUGUCCAUCAUGAGGAAACUCAUCAGCAAGUACGCAUAGCAGAUAGAAGUUCAAGAUACUGUAUUUCAUGAUUCAAAUGCAGAAAUGCCUCAACGCCUCGUGUUACCCGCUGUAUACACAAAAGUCUAAGUAUAGUAGAACGUCUCGAAAUGUAAAUGCUCUGUCCAAAAUGCCUUGAAACCAAAAUGUCUCGCUCCUCGUCUAUGCUGCCAGCAUGGCUGGUUGCUUCGCUCUCUCGGCUUGUGCCUCAACUGGUUGGUUCUUCUGUACUUCUGGUAGAUUCGCCACGGGGACAGAGGGUAACUUGGCUGGACCUGUGAGUUCGGCUUCGAGAGCUUCCAGUUCGUCUUCCACUUCUUGCUCGUCCUGAUUCGAGAUACGACCUCCAAGCAUAUCGCUGACUUCCU